GCGCAUGCGCGUUAACGUCGAUGGCAGGCUGUCAAAUCGAUUGUCGAGCAUAGUAGAGUGUCGACUCUGGAGCCUCCCUUCAGCCAUUACAAUGACGGAUAAACAAAACGCACAGAAAAGUGUUAAAAUAGCUGCAGGGGCCGUUGUCUGUGUUGAAAGUGAGAUCAGAGGGGAUGUCACGAUAGGCCCAAGAACAGUGGUCCACCCAAAAGCGCGUAUCAUUGCAGAGGCAGGGCCCAUUGUUAUUGGAGAAGGCAAUUUAAUCGAGGAACAAGCUGUCAUCAUCAACAGUUACCCAGAGAACAUCACACCAGAUGCCGAAGUGGAGCCAAAGACAAUGACCAUUGGCAUCAAUAAUGUGUUUGAAGUUGGCUGUGUGUCACAAGCACUUAAAAUUGGUGAUAACAAUGUUAUAGAAUCAAAAGCUGACGUUGGGAGGAACGUCAUUCUCACCAGUGGCUGCAUCAUCGGGGCCUUCUGUCAGGUGAACACCUGCGAGGUCAUACCUGAGAACACAGUCAUCUAUGGCUCAGGAUGUAUGAGGCGAGUGCAGACAGAGAGACCACAGCCCCAGACCCUUCAGCUUGACUUCCUCAUGAAGAUUUUGCCCAACUAUCACCACUUAAAGAAAACUGUGAAAACCAAUCACGCUGCUAGCUAGACUGAGGACAAGUUGUGUAAAAGUUUUAUUUUAAAAGGCAAAUAGUUAAAGCUGAAAGGAAGUGUUAAUACUUAUUUUCAUCAGUACUUUUCCAUACUGCUAUUUUCUACUAACUACCACAGCUGAUUAAGCAGUUCACCUUUUAUCCUGCUGUCCAUACUAAUAUAAUCUAUUAAAUGUGCUUCGUUUUGCACUCGUAAUCAUGUAGUGUCAUUUCUAAAGGAUGAAUACUCGUUUUAAAGUGUUUUUCCCCAUGUUUGAACUAGUCUCAGUAACCAGUUUGCCCCCUUUUUUAGCUCCGAUUAUUUGGUUAAACACAAUUUUUUUCUUUAUUCUCAAGCUGCCGCACCUUACUUGAAGUACUCUCAAAACUGCUGUAUUACAAUUAUUCAAACUCUACAAAAAUCUAGAAUAAAGAGACAGCGUAAUAUUUGUAAUGACACCAGACUGACAUCAUUUAUUAAAAGCAGGAUGGCACGCUGCCAAAGAAUGCAACUUCAACUCUUAAGUGUUGGCAUCAAAGGUGAUUUGUGAGAUCACAUGUGAGACAACACAAUCCUUCUGCACUUUUGUUAAGUGUUGAAAACUGUGCCUAUUGUACUUAAGGAGCACUGCCCCAAAUGUCCUCCAUAUACUCACAAAUACACUUUUGCUAAAGUAAAUGUAAGAAAAACUAUAUACACAAAGAUUUCUGCCUCUUUCCCUUUGCAAAAGUGGUGGGAUCCAAUUCAAUGAUGCCUGAAAAGAUCUUACAUAAUUCAAAAUGUCCUUCAGCUGACGUGGAUUCCACAAAGUAGUCGUUAUUUACAUAGACUGCGAGAACAGGACAAGCAGCUAAUAGAGUAUUUCAAGAAUUUAAUUUCACUUUUUGGCUGGCACACCAUCAGUAUAGUCCUCCAGCACCCCUGCCAAAUGGUUGUUGUGGGUCUUGAAGUGUCUCUUUCUCUGACCAGCUUGCUUUUUCCUUUUUUGAACUGGUAACUGCAGGAAGCACAAACAUAAGUCAGAACAGCCUCGGCACUGGUGUCUUCCAAUGAAUGUUACUGUUUACUUCUAGUGAAAUGUGAGAGGCAAUAAAAGAUUUGGGACUGUUGCAAUGGAGGAGUUUGGUUGAAUCACACACUUCCACAACCACUGCGGGUGUGCAUUUGCUAAUGUAGAACCUUAACCUAAUGUUCGUGAAAAAAAUGUUCCUUUAAACCUCAGAUCCUUAGGAAACAAAUAAUGCAUGGUUGUCGACGACUGGAACCACUACACUGUACUUGUUUAGUAAAUUAGUUUACUUGGUUUGUAAAUUAGUUUCAUCAAGUCUGACAAAUUUGAAACGUAUUUAAAAACUGAUCAAGGAGAUGA